CGGGAAGAGAGGGAUGUGUGUCCCCGCCCCCUCGCCUAGCCGCUCUGGCUCGAACGUCAGCUCCGGCCUCUCAGCCCUAGAAGUCGCCCGUCCCUGCGAACCAGCGAGUGGCCGCGGCUAGAAGGGCUGCGUGCGGCUCGUGCGCCAGGCUGGCCGGAAGACGAAUUAGUAGUUCCGCCUUCGUCUCGGGGUGGGGGUGGAGCUGGAGCUCGUCUUCGGUGGGCCAGUGGUCCCGUCCGCUCGGCGGCACCGGUGCUGAGAAGAGUAAACAUCCCUCAUCUCCUAGGGACCUGCCCCUGCACCACUUACCUUCUGCUUGAGUCUGUCUUCCUUCCACGUACCAUGGUUGUGCAGCAGCAGCAGUCACACCUGUCUCAGCAGUUACUGUCAUUAGAAGAAAAUGUCAUGGUCCAGCUUGGACAGGCCAAGUAAAGCCCAAAGGAUCCUCUUUGUUCCUGUGCCCUUUCCUAGGACAAGAUUGUUAAUAAAUUGAAGACUCAAAAUAGGGCACAACACGAAAUAAUAGUGACUGUUCCUGCCGCCCACACCUGGGAAGGGAAAUGAUCUAUGCUUCUAUGCUAGGUAGCGCUUUCCUGCCUACCAUGGGGAGACCCACACUAGCACUCCCCUGACCUUGGGAAUCUCUACUCUGCUGCCCUUACCUAAGAGGAAGGAAACCUUAUACAAUAUUUACCUUUCUCUAGGUUAUAUGCUUCCUCCUACUCUUGACACUUGCACCUAUAACUCCCAGUUUUAAAGGCUGUAACAGAUUAACUGAAAUGUAUCUCUGCACCUACUGCCCUGUUACAAGGACCACUAUGCUGGUCUUUAGAAUAAAGGCACUAAACUCUCAAAUCCUUUCCCACAGCUCAGUUAAUAAAUCUGAUUAGGACAUAAUCCAGGUGAUUGUUUCCCAGGACAGACAGUUGAGACCAUUCUGCAGUUUAGUUGUUAAGGAGAGAGCCCACAGAAAGAGCGUGCAUCUUACUAUACGUGUGGCAAGACUCAAGUUUAGCCUGAUCUCCAGUGAUAAAUUCCCCAGCCAAGGAACCACAGUCAGUGCAUGUGGAAUGAGAGAAGCAGGAUUGUGAAUCAUACUUGGUAAUGGCAAGGCUUUGUCCUGCAAAAUAGCUUUACUUGAUUAAAGUUUUGGAUUGAAUUACAGUGACAACCAAGUUCUUUUGACUGAUGUUUCAGCUGACAGCUGCCUGUAUCAGCAACUCUGCUUCUCUGAAGAUACCUGGAUUUCUAUGCUAAGGUUCUCAGCUCCCUCGCAUGAGACAGGCUGGAGCUUCCUUAGCUAUCCAUAAUUUUGAGCCCACGGGGCAUAGGCAGCUAGUACUCAUUCUGAUACCAACUGCCACUUUCCACUUCCUUUGUUAGAGUAAAGGAAAAAAUGAUUUCCGAAAGCAGUUCUUUUGUGAAAGGCAUGGUGUUAGGAGGACUCUUCUGUGUAUUUGUCACACUCAUAGGACAUAAUAAGAUGGGCCACGGGACUAAAGCACAUCACCAUGAGCAUCAUCAUAUUCAAGCACCUAACAAAGAAGAUGUCUUAAAUCUGUCAGAAGGUGAGCGCCUGGAGCUCAGCCACAGUAUCCGUGUUUAUUGUAUCAUCCUUGUAAAACCUAAAGAUCUUGGCAAUUGGGCUGCUGUGAAAGAAACAUGGAGCAAACACUGUGACAAGGCCGAAUUCUACAGUUCUGAAAGCGUUAAGGUGUUUGAUUCUGUUGUUCUCAACACAAAUGACAUGUGGAUGAUGGUGAGAAACGCUUAUAAAUUAGCAUAUGAACGCUAUAAAGAUGAGUACAACUGGUUCUUUCUAGCACAUCCAACGACAUUUGCUGUUAUAGAAAAUCUCAAAUAUUUCUUGCUGAAAAAAGACGCAUCACAGCCUUUUUAUAUAGGUCAUACUGUAAAAUCAGGAGAGCUUGAGUACGUAGAUGGUGAUGGAGGAAUUGUCUUAAGUAUAGAGUCCCUAAAAAGACUCUCUAAAAUUUUUGAAGACCCUGAUAAGUGUCCAGAACAGGGAGGCUUGAUUUGGAAACUCUCUGAGGAUAAACAACUAGCAGUCUGCCUGAAAUAUACUGGAGUAUUUGCUGAAAAUGCAGAAGAUUCUGAAGGAAAAGAUGUCUUUAACACCAAAUCAGUUGGUUCUCUUAUUAAAGAAGCAAUGGCUAAUCACCCUCAACAAGUAGUAGAGGGAUGCUGUUCUGACAUGGCCAUCACUUUCAAUGGAUUGGCUCCUAACCACAUGCAUGUAAUGAUGUAUGGUGUUUAUAGGCUCAGAGCAUAUGGGCACAAUUUCAAAGAUGCACUGGUUUUCUUACCUCCCACAGAUUCAGACAAUGACUGAUACCUGUUCAAAGAAGGCAUAUGUAUUGUGUAGAACAUGCAGUCAGCUGUUAAUGCAUAAUGUGACUUGCAUGUAUACAAGCUGGUGCAAUUUUUGUAUUUGAUGGUAUCUGUGUAUUUUUUGCACAUCAGGGUUUGGUCAUUUUCGUUUCAAAAGUGGGAAUCUUUUUUUCCUAAAACUUUUAUACAAAAAUGUUUCUGGCUCUUGACUGUGUUGGAAUGAAAAAUGUUAAUGGUAAUGCUACAAUCUUUGUGUGAUAAAGGAAAUGAAUUUAUAGGGGAUGUUUGUAUGGCUAAAUAUUUAUAAGUGAAAACAAAUGAAUCUUAAUCUAUUGUAAUUUAAAUAUAUUUUUGCAAGAUUUUUUGAUUUUGAACUCUUCCAUGCACUUCUUGAAAAUCUUUAUAUCUUUCUAAGAUGUACAAAUAAAACUGAAAAUACAGAAUUUUGUAUUAAAGUACAACUUUAAGCUGU